UGGAUGCUGCUGCUGCUGCCGCUGCUGCUUCGGCUGCCGUGAGGCGAGCUUCGUUCGGACAAUUGAUAGGAACAGCAAGAAACAGUCUGAGUGAAAAGCUGAGCCUCAUUCCUGGACCAAGCACUACACCAGCGGCAAGUGGCAAGUUUUCCUCCGGCAUCUUAUCGGUGAUCUAUCAAUAGUCCGGCCCUCUCACCUGUGAAGAGAAAAAUGGCCGAAAAGAUGGGUCAGAAAUCAGUGCCGACCGUCUGUGGAAGAAAAAUGGAUUAAAACCUCAUAAUUUACUUCUAUUGCCGAAGUUUUGCGGCAAACCGUGUGAAUUGGUGCCGGCGCUGUGCUGCACGGAUAAAUUGCAACCCCUUUUCGGUAUUUCCAUCGUUUUCUGUCUUGGAAAAUCGUGACGUGGUACCGCGGUUCGAAGUGAUCGUGAGGAAUUUUGGGUCGCUUGAAAGGAAAAACCGGAAGAAGAAAAAAUAACGAAGGGAUUUGUUUGAGAAAAAGUGUUCGGAGAAGGGAAGGAGAAGUGGAAUGAAGAUGUUACGUUGGAAGGAAUUUGUCUGAGUUGUAAGAUUGAACUUUCCCAAAAAGAUGUGGGUGGUGGGUGGCAUGCUCUGCGAAUCGAGUGCGUGUUCUUGGGUUUAGAGAUAAAAAUAAACGGAUUAAAUUGUUGAACAGUGCAUAAAUUGAUGAUUUAUAGUUUUUCGAGAGAUUAUGAAAUCAAAUUUUUCAUAGAGACAAUCGUUAUCAGUUCAGAAACAGUUUAAUGCCACUGAAUCGAGAGACGAGUUGAACUUUUGUGGCCAACGUCUCUAUCAAUAGUGUAAAGUGAAAUAAUUGGUUAGCACCCAACCAAUAAUUCGAAAAAUUUACCUAAGGAUAAACUAAGCAAAAAUGGAAAAACAAUCAUUGUCGCAGACAGAAAAUGAAUUUUUAAUAACUCACGUUCCGGAUUUUUGCUAGCUAUCAGUGUAAGUAUAUGGAAUGGCUGCUUCAGGAUUUUCGCUUCUGUCAUAGGCUGAUGAUAGUGAUGAUGGUGAUUGUGAUAAUGCAUUCAAAUGUGUUGGUGCAAUAGUCGAGCCGGAGUGCAGUGAGUGCAGUGUUCGAAUGCCGUAUACUGGUGAAGCGGCAACAGCAGAGUUAUCGUCCAAUCGAAUUCAUCAGUACUUCAAAGGCUUCAUCCAAGCUGUCAAUGCUGUAGUAUCAAAAGUAAAACUUAUUGCUUGCAUUGUGAUUUGCGACGGUGUUUUGGCAUAUAUUGGUGGUACUGCAUAAGUGAAACUCUUUAAUUAUUCAACAGUAAAGAAAACUUCCUUUAAUUAAAGACGAUGAAAAGAUGUUCUGAAAACUAGUGUUGUUGAAUGUUUGACAUAGCGGGAAAUGAAAAUAAUUUUGUGCAGUGGUAGGUUAACAAAUUUUGUUCAGUGAGUAAUGUGUGAAAUCAGAUCUAAGAAUUGCAUCAUGCAUAUCGAUCAUUCGGAGGAAAGCCUGUAAAGGUUACAGAAUUUCGAAUUCAUCAGUCUAUGACUGUGUCGGUGCAACAUAAUAAUGGAUGUACACGGCCUUCUAAAGGCUGUCUGUUUGUUGUACAUUUUCAAAGGUGUUGUUCUGCUGGAUCUUCAGGGACCGGUUUUUCUCAGCGAGCCUCAACAUCGAGUGGAAUUCUCCAACAACUCUGGAGGACACAUCGAUUGCACGGGACAUGGAAUUCCACCACCUGAUGUGGAAUGGUCGGUAGCGACAACCAAUCACGAGCUGGUGUAUUCAUCGCCAAAUGGAAGUCUGAUUUUUUAUCCUUUCUCAGCGGAUAAAUUUCGCCAUGAGAUCCACUCUACAGUGUAUAGAUGUAAAUUAAAAAACUUAAUCGGAACUAUUUUAAGUCGCGAAGUGCACGUGAAAGGAGUCGUUAACCAGAAAUAUAACGUACAAGUACAUGACGAAUAUGUCAUGUCGGGGAAUACUGCGGUCCUAAAAUGUCAGGUACCGAGCUAUAUCCAAGACUACGUGGUGGUUACGGCUUGGGAACAGGACACCGGUGUGCAUCUGUACCCGAACACCGAUAUCGGCGGCAAGUAUAUCGUACUGUCGAACGGUGAUCUGUACAUUAACAACGCUGGACCAAGUGAUGCGUACAAAACGUACUCAUGCAGAACUAUAAAUAGAUUAACAGGUGAAAUACAAAUUUCAACAUAUCCAGGUAGAGUGAUAGUGACUGAACCGAAAGGACUAGUACAACCUAGAAUUAAUGUAGAGAAACACUCGCUCAAACACAUAGUUGUGAAUGCGCCGGUGACGCUACCCUGUGUCGCCCAAGGCCAUCCUGUGCCAACGUAUCGCUGGUUCAAGGAGGUCAAGGAUCAAAUCAUCCCAUUGCAGUUCAACGAGCGAGUCGGCAUUAUCUCAUCGGGGCUGCUCAAAAUCUCCAAAGCCCGCCUCGAAGACAGUGGGAAGUACCUGUGCUGGGUGAAUAACACGGCCGGUGAGGAGACAAUCCAGGUUACGCUGACCGUCAAUGCACCCCUCACAGCGCACUUACAGCCGCAAGUACAAACAGUAGAUGUAAGUAAGGAUGCUCAAUUUCAGUGCAUCAUUUCGGGAUUUCCUGCCCACGAGGUGCUAUGGAUGCACAAUGGAAAGCCUAUCGUUCGAGACAGUCGGAUAGAAGUCUACACCGACACGCCACGAAUUGUUAUUAAGAAUGUGCAGAAAGAAGAUCAAGGCAUGUAUCAAUGCUUUGUGUCCAACGAAUGGGAACAGAUUCAGUCCACGGCAGAGUUGCAGCUCGGAGAUGCCACGCCAGAGCUGUUGUACUGGUUUUCAGAGCAAACACUACAACCGGGUCCUACGGUUUCACUGAAAUGCGUUGGGACGGGAAAUCCGCCUCCUCAGUUCACUUGGAGGCUGGAUGGCUUUCCGAUUCCGGACAAUUCCCGAUUUGUUGUGGGACAGUAUGUGACCAUACAUGAUGACGUGAUCAGUCAUGUCAAUAUAUCCAAUGUGAAAGAGGAAGAUGGAGGCGAAUACACAUGUGUUGCCCAGAAUAGCAUAGGAAAGGUAUCACACAGCGCCAGAGUGAACGUGUAUGGGCUUCCUUACAUUCGAGAGAUGCCCAAAAUCAUAGGCGUAUCCGGGAGUGAUCUGAUAAUAAAAUGUCCUGUAGCAGGAUACCCGAUCGAUAAAAUCCAUUGGGAACGCGACGGCCAAACUCUUCCCAUCAACAGACGACAACGAGCCUACAACAAUGGGACAUUGAUAAUAGAGCAGUUGCAGCGCACAGAAGAUGCCGGAACAUACACCUGCAUGGCCCAGAACAAACAGAAGCAAACAUCUCGACGAAACGUUGAGAUCCAGGUUAUAGUGCCUCCGAGGAUUAUGCCCAUUCAGGCAAUGACAAACAUGCUGCGCGAGGGAAUGCGUGCUGCUAUAUCCUGUCAAAUUCUGGAGGGUGAUUUGCCGGUAAAUUUUCGUUGGGAACGCAACGGAAAACCGGUUCAUGGAACUGGCAACGAAGUGAUACGACGACUAGAUGAGUACUCGGCCAGUUUGGUGAUCGAACAUAUCACGUCGGAGUACUCGGGGAAUUACACUUGCAUCGCCAGUAAUAUCGCUGGAAGUGAAAGUUUUACUGUGCCUCUCACUGUCAACGUACCACCGAAAUGGAUCCUUGAGCCGAAGGAUUCAAGUGCACAAGCAGGGCAAGAUAUUGCCUUACACUGCCAGGCGGGUGGUCACCCAAAACCGACAAUCACGUGGAAGAAAGCAAUCGGAAACACCCCGGGCGAGUAUAAGGAUUUUUUAUACGAGCCCAAUGUUUCGUUACACUCGAAUGGAACGUUGGAAUUUCGAAAGAUAACCAAAGAAUCACAAGGUCAUUUUUUAUGCGAAGCGAAAAAUUCCAUUGGAACCGGAGUCAGCAAAGUGAUCUUUCUCAAAGUUAAUGUACCUGCCUAUUUCAACACAAAAAGCAAACAAAUCACUUCACCUCGGAACAAACAAAUUCACAUCCAAUGCAAUGUCCAGGGAGAUAAUCCAAUCGACAUCAAGUGGAAAAUGCAAAACUCACAGCAGCAUAUCGACGAAUCGCUCGACAAUCGAUAUAAUAUCCGCGAACAGGUUCUAGAUGAUGGAAUGGUUUCGGAGCUUGGAAUAUCGCAUACCUACCGGCAGGACACGGGUGUGUACAUCUGCCACGCAACGAAUGCAUUCGGCCAUGACGAGAUGUCGAUUCAGCUAGUGAUACAGGAGGUGCCAGAGUCUCCUAAAAACCUUCGCAUCAAUUCACAACAAUCAAGAACGUUGCAACUCUCGUGGAGUCAACCGUUCGCCGGUAACAGCCCCAUUGAGAAAUAUAAUGUCGAAUACAAACCCGUAACGGACUCAUGGCAGUCGGCUGAUCACAUCACCGUUGCGGGAACACAAACCGUCAUUACGCUGCAAAAUCUGAAACCAGCGAAAGCAUAUCACAUCCGAAUAUCGGCCGAAAACAAGCUGGGAGCUUCUGAGUACUCGGAAGUCAUUCAAGUGACCACCUUAGAAGAAGUGCCUUCUGGUCCACCUUUGAACAUCAAGGGUGAGCCAAAAAGUUCCACCGAGAUCUUUCUUUCCUGGGAAGCGCCCGACCGGGAGCAAUGGAACGGUAAUCUACUGGGCUAUUACGUGGGCUACCAGGAAUCUUCUGGUCCCAACGACAAGGAAAUCAAUCCCACCCAAGGCUUUAAUUUUAAAACAGUUGAAGUGCGAACGCAUUUCGGGGGCGAGACAACACUGGCAAAUUUGGACAAAUGUACCCAGUAUAACAUCGUGGUACAAGCAUACACCAGUCAGGGUAGUGGACCGCCGAGUAAAGAGAUAUCGAUCAAUACGCUUGAAGAUGUGCCUUCAACUCCUCCCGACAGUCCCAAGUGCGAUGUGCUAAGUUCGACGUCCAUCUACAUAACGUGGUCUCCACCGGCACCGGAAGGGCAGAAUGGCAAGAUACGCGGCUACAAGGUUUCCUACAUUGAGAUCGAUGAUCUUUUUGAGAAGGAACCGUUUACUGCCAAAACGAACAAUCAAUACAUGACGCUGGAAAGCUUGAAAAAGUUCACCAAUUACACCUUUUGGGUGCUUGCGUUCACGAAAGUUGGCGAUGGCGUACGGACUGCUUCGUUUUUUUGUACGACUCACGAGGAUGUUCCGUCUGCUCCGAAAGCCAUCAAAGCGGUUCCCGCAUCUAACACGAAAAUACUCAUUUCCUGGUUACCACCUGCUAACAAAAAUGGCAUCAUUACCGGGUAUACAUUCUACAUGUCGCUGGUAGACGGUGGCCGAGAGGAAGGCAGUCACAAGCGUUCGUUGGUUCCCUUUGCUGAAAUACACGAAACGGUAAGGCUCCAGGAACAUGGAACGUACCAAUUUUGGCUGACAGCAUCCACCAAAGUGGGUGAAGGCGAGAAAUCCGAAAUCAUUACGGUCCCACCGAACAAUAAGGUUCCUGCGAGGAUUGUUUCCUUCAGUCAGGAAAUUGUUACCCCGUGGAAGGAAACUCUAGUUCUGCCUUGCAGAAAAGUGGGAGUCCCAGCGCCAGUAACGAUUUGGCGCCAGGACGAACAGCCGAUGGAGACCGGAACUAGGAAAAUGAUUGCAAAAAACGGAACCCUUUACAUUAAAGACUGCCAACACACGGAUGCUGGCAAUUACACAUGCAGCGUGGAAAACAAUUGGGGACGGGAUGAAAUAGUUUACCAUAUCAGAAUCAAAGUGCCCCCGGAUCCACCAAGUUUGUCGGUCAUCAAUACUUAUACGGACAGUCUGCUGCUGGAAUGGAUGGAUAACAAGAACGGUGGAUCUCCGAUUCUAGGAUAUGUAAUCAAUUACAAACGAGAGCACGGCGAUUGGGAAGAGAUUCAAAUCGACUCAAAAACCAACACUCAUUUGCUGGUGAAUUUGUGGUGUGGGACGAAGUAUCAAUUGUACAUUACCGCAAACAAUAAGAUUGGAACCGGACUGCCCUGCGACAUUGUUCACUCACAGACAAAAGGGCUUCCGCCGGUGCAACCCAAGCACUCACAAAUGAUAACUCAUAACUCAACAAGUGUCACCUGCUGGUUGGACUCCUGGGGAGACGGUGGAUGCGGAAUACUUCAUUUUUCGAUCGAAAAUCGAGUUUACGGUAGAUCUCAAUGGAACAUGAUAUCGAGCCACGUUGAAGCGACGGAAAGAAUAUUCACGGUAGCAGAUUUACAUCCAGCCACAAAGUAUCAGUUGCGAGUAACAGCAUAUAACAAUGCUGGUGCGACAAUGGCUAUUUACAAUUACACCACACUCACUGUGGCAGGUGUGAUGGUACAUCCCGACUUGACUAAUCCUGUGUCACCACACCUUGGAUACAACCCAUUUUAUGCUAAUUUCAAAGUCUUGCUGCCGUUGUGUCUGUCGAUUCUCAUCCUUUUCGCACUAAUCGCGGCGGCUCUUCUCAUCCGAAAGAAAAAGCUGAAUACCCAAAAUCGAAUACCGUCAACGUCAAUGUCGGAGUCACCUUCAAUUGCCAACAUCCAGAACAAGCACAAUCGGGACCAGCAAUAUCUGGCGGUGCGAGCUCAGCAAAAUAGUCGCAACAGCAAUUCCGUCGAUUCGGGCAGUCUUAAAGCAGAGGGAAAUGAAUACAUUGAAGACAUUUGCCCGUAUGCAACGUUUCAGCUGAACAAACAAACUUACAGCGAAAGUUCAUACAGCGGAAAUGUUUACAGUGGACCAUAUCAUUCGGUAAGAGGGUCAUUUGUGUAUCAUGAUGUAAAAACCGAAAGCUAUCAUAACAAAGAGCCCGAAUACACGAAAGUGCGGAGAAAGGGCGGAUCUCGCUUGAGAGAUCCAGCCACCUCGGAGCCGAUAGAUAUAAAUCAAUUCAUAGAAUCUGACAAUCCCGGAUCCACAGAUUCCGAAGUAAGGAAGAUACUAACGCUUCAUAUACCGAUUACAGAAUAUGAUACGCUUGGUUCCGAGUCCGACAACGACAUGGCCUCGCGUUCAAAUCAGUCCAACUAUCGUCAUCAUCGAGACACUCAGGACGAAACUUCUUCGUCUUCUGAGAAUUCGCCUUCCAGUAUAUCUAGGAAAUCUAAACCACCGUAUCCGCCAAGAAAAUCGGCGAAAUCGUCGCAGAACCCGACCAAACGCCACGUUCGGAGUUCCAGCGGAUAUUCGAGCCACAACGAGGAGACUACGUUUAGUAUAUCUAACUAUCCGAACUAUUCGGAGCACAUAACUCCGCCAGCCAGGUUCUCCGAUAUGCUCGGACGGGACGCCACACUGGCCAUCUCGUCCGUGAAUCCCUCCGGGCUGGUUGGCAGUGCCAGUGAGCUCUCAAGUACGAAAAAGUCUAGCAAUCACUCGCCAAGACCCCGCGCCAAUCAGAAGCUCCAACGGGAAGCGUUCCAAAUCAAUGUAUGAUGGGAAACUUAUAGUGACUUUCAGAAUAUUUGAAAUUACUAUUUUGCGAUAGACACUCACUCACCCACACAAAAAUUCAGAAUAAUCGUCAUGGAGAGCGAAAGCAAGAGGGUCAUCAACUAGGAGCCAACGAAUUUUGAUUCUACACUGCUCGUUCCGCAUUAGGUUUACAAAUGUUCUGUUUAUUGGAUGAAUGUAUGAUUAUACUCUCUUUUAUCGCAAGCAAUCUUUUCCUGAAACCUGACUACAGGUGAAAUGUGAGAUGUAAAACCAAAAAUCCAAAUUGAAAAGUUGUUAUUUAAUGAUUUAUGAAUAGAUUCAACAAAUAGAUAGUUAUUUGAUACGAAAAAUUUAUUGAUAAAAAAAGAAGAAAAAAAACACCUUUUGCCAAAAAUGUACAUUGACUCAUAUCGGUGCGAUAUUUUAAGCUGUCAGUUGUCUGCUACUCUAAGUAGAACAGUGUAACUUAUUAGGCCAACGAAUAGUGAUGUAUGAACUAUUGUAAGAUUAUGUAGACUAGUUUCAAUAAUCUGUCACUAUGUUUACGUUACCACAUAUAUAUAAUUCUAAAUAGCUAGAAUUUUUGUUGGACUGUAUCAAAUACAAGUAUUACGAAUUUCCAGAUAACACAGCUUUUACGAUGGAGGGUAUUAUUUUGUAAUAGUGACGCGUACAAUAAGCCUAAAGAUGAGUCCAAAAUUGACGGGAAAUGUUUGAUUUUAAAUCAUACUCAUUUGAUUAAUGAUACGAGCGAUCGUGUGGUUAACGUGACAAUCUCACAGCUCCGUUUUUUCGAAGUUAAAUCUCAAGAUCGAACAUUAAUCAUACGACUGAUUCAUUCCCGCAGUAGUGGAAACUUAGAAAAAUUGGUUGAAAAUUAUGAAUUAUGCUCCAUUCUUUUGGAUAGUUUUGUCGAUUUUUAAUUGCUAUAUUGAACAUUGUUAAUGAAUGUGUAAGCAGUGACAGAUAAAUUAUGAGAGGAAAACCCCAGUCUAAAACCCCACAACUGAACUAAAACACUAUGAGAUGUAUAUAAAUUCAUGAAACGCCGCGGCGACAAGAACAUAUACAACACUAGAUACCGAACUAUGGUUAUAAUGCUGGUACUCGCCAGUUAUCACACGGAAAUUAGGUGGAUUUCGUCACAUGUGGUAAAUAUGUGGUUGAAAAUUUUCAUUUAUUUCGAACGAAUCCUAUAUUCUGUAUGUCCUGUUAAUGAAAUUAUAAUACCUUAUAGUUUCAGUUCGUAUUUCAUGUUGCGUUUUUGAGUUUUUGAUUUGAAUUGAACAUUGCAUCGCAUAUCACACCACUAGUAGCAGAAAUCAACACUCACAUAUCUAAAUCUCAAGUGAAAUCCUGUACAGAAUCGUAUCAACGUUUGCAAAGUUUCGGAAUACCAAAAUUAAUUUAUGAACACUGUGAAUAGAGCGCCUUAGAUAAAACAUGUAAAUGUGAGAGCAGCAAGGAGUGUCGUUUUAGGUCUCCGUGAUUGACAUUAUAUUUAUUUCCAAGUUCCCGUUUCGUUCGCUAACAGCUACAACCUAAAAUGUGUUUUGAAAUGAAAAUAGCUAGCUUAUGUUGAAAAAAAAGAAUCGACUGAAAAAACGCCAUGAUGUCACACGUCAUAGAACCUUACUAAAGCCUAAAAAAACACAGAAUCUUGGAUAGAUGUAAAAAUGACGAGAGCGCGAAUUGAAUAUAAUGAAACCAACACUAAUAUGACAAUAUCGAACGAACCCAUUCCAGGUGUGUUUAUCUUAUUAUAGUUUUUAAACUCACACUGAAGAUAAAGGAUUAUAUUUGUGAGAGCGCAAUAGACUAGACACCAUAACAAAAUAGAUAUUAAAACGAAGAAAAAAAAACCGACAAAACCAGUUGUAACCAUCAAGCACAAAUAGACAUACAUAAAACAAAACAUACAAACAAAGAGCAGCAGAACACAACCAUCAGAGAUGGAUACACAGACAUAAUAGCAGAAAUAUACCUCGUAUUUGAUUGCUUUUCCCAACAUUGGAUAAACAUAUUGCAUGAAGCAGCAGUCGUCGCAUUGUAAGCACUAAAUAUACCGAGUAAUAACUAAUUUGCUAGACAGAUCAACUUUGGUUGUUUUUAUCAAUGAACACACAUACUUUGGCUAUAACAAGAAAUUGAUGGUUGGGGCUAGGGAAUCAGUGAGGAAUGGUAUCAAAAUCCAUUUUGGUAUUAUGAAAUUUUAAUGUGAAUUUAACGAACUUUCUGGAAACGAAGUGAAAACUUACAA